AUGUCACUUUCUCAAUGGAAACUGGAUUAUUCUGUUUCGUCUCGGAAUUGCAGGACGUCGGAGAAUGUGUAUAACCCACCAGGCUUUCAUACGGGAGCUACUUCAGCUCAGCAUCAUGUGGAUAGCGAUCAAGCGUCUGAACAGCAAGAACAUUUGGCGAAGAAAAGGGCUUGGGACGUGGCUAUGGCUCCAGCUAAAAGUCUUCCAAUGAAUAUGUUCAUGAUGUAUAUGGCAGGACGAAGUGUCUCCAUCUUUCCCAUUAUGAUGGUAGGUAUGAUGUUAUGGCGUCCAGCUAAAGCUCUUUUCUCAGUUAAUGCAACAUUCAAACCGCUUGAGGAUCAGAACACUGGAAGUAUGAUUAUUCACAAAUUCGUAUUCAUCCUUGGCAAUCUAGGUGCCAUUGCCCUUGCGAUAUAUAAGGUGCACACAAUGGGUCUCUUACCAAAUACGCCGUCGGAUUGGCUUGAGUUCAUCCCUCAAGCGCAACGUCUUCAGUAUUCUAUAGUCAGUAGUACUUACGUUUGA